AUGAGUUCUGCUAAACCUAUUAAUGUAUAUUCAAUCCCAGAAUUGACCCAAGCUUUAGAUGAAGCUUUACCUUCUGUUUUCGCGAGAUUGAACUACGAGAGAUCCUACGCUUUACUCGAUACUAAAUUGUACUUAGGGUAUUCUAUCGCUGUCGUAGCAGGUUUGAGUUUUUUUUUGGACAAAAAAUUCGAGAGGGCCCAGAUUGUUAUGUAUCAGAAGCUUUUAGUGGGCGCAUAUUUUGUUCUAUCGUUAACGUUCUGGUACUUCUCUCGUUUUAUUGAAAAAGGGACUGUUUAUGUGGGGAAGAAAAGAGGUACAAACGAGGAAAUACAUGUAAAGACUAAAUUUGAAAACAAUGAACCACUAUACCUGGUCGAACUUGUUCAAAAGAAGAAGGGAAAUGACUCCAAGAAGGAGUUGAAGGCUAAAUUAGAGGUGAACAAGGUCUUCAAUGAAAGUGGAUAUUUACAAAAUGAUGCAUAUUUCAAGUGGUUCUCUGAGCAGUACAAUGUCCUUAACAAAAAAAAAAAUGAAUGA